CUCAAUAUCAUUCAUCACUUUCUUCCAAGGUCCAUCUUUCUUCUUCUUCCUUAUAGCCAAAGGAGAGAGAAAGAAAGGAGAAACCUUCCUUGUAGCCAAACGAGAAAGAAAGAAAGAAGAAACCAUGGAUGACAUAGAUGUUCUAUGCAACGAUUAUUGGGAAAAUAUGAUCCUCCAAACUGAACAACUAGGAAGGAAUUUUGAUGAAUCAUUUUCAUUUUAUGAUUCAAGCUCUCCUGACGGAGCACAAUCAUCAGCAGCAUCAAAGAACAUCGAGUCGGAGAGGAAGAGGAGGAAGAAACUGACUGAAACGCUCCAUGCACUUAGAGCUGUAGUCCCCAAUAUCAGUAAGAUGGACAAGGCUUCCAUUAUUAAGGAUGCCAUAGGCUACAUACAAGAAUUGCAUAAUCAAGAGAGAAUGAUUCAAGCUGAAAUAUCAGAAUUGGAGUCAAAGAGGAGGAUAUUUCCAGAUUUUGAUCAAGAAAUAAGCUAUAAUUCCAAGCCAAAGAGAUCAAGAUUUGAGCAGACCUGUGAUUCUUCAGAGUCUAGAUCAUCUCCCAUUGAAGUUCUUGAGUUUAGUGUAUCUCACAUGGGAGAGAAGACUAUUGUAGUUAGCCUCACAUGCAGUAAAAGAACGGAUACAAUGGUGAAGAUCUGUGAAGUUUUUGAAUCCUUGAAUCUCAAAAUCAUUACAGCCAACAUCAUUGCAUUUUCCGACAGACUUCUAAAGACAUUAUUCUUAGAGGCUAAUGAGGAAGAAAAAGAUGUGAAGAUAAAAAUCCAAACUGCAAUUGCAGCUUUAAAAUGAUCCAGAUUGCCCUAUGAGCAAGUGAAGAGAAAGAAUGAGGCUCAGCAUUGUGAAUUAUCCAAUUGCAGCUAUUCAUUAUUCUUGCAAAUAGUGACCUUUGGAUAGCUCAUUAUUUGGAAAAUUUUAUUUGAUUGUAUCGUAAAUAAAUUUUUCAAUUAUCUUUUUAUUUUUUUUUCAAUCAUAUUUUCAUUUCACA